CAUCUGUCAGUUUUCGUGAAUAAGCUGUUUUCGGUGCCGCAUUUGGAGCAAGCUGGUUUGGUGUCUCGGAAAUAGUGCGUUUUAAACCCGAAAUAACCCGAUAAAUCGGUCCCCCAGUUACGGUCCACCCGGUCCAGGAUGGCCUCCGAACGUUACAGCUUCUCGCUGACCACUUUCAGCCCUUCCGGGAAGCUGGUCCAGAUCGAGUAUGCUCUUGCCGCGGUAUCGGCCGGCGCACCGUCGGUCGGGAUUAAGGCCUCGAACGGAGUCGUGAUCGCGACGGAGAACAAGCAGAAGUCGAUCCUGUACGACGAGCACAGCGUCCACAAGGUCGAGAUGGUUACGAACCACAUCGGAAUGAUCUACUCCGGCAUGGGUCCUGACUAUCGGCUACUGGUCAAGCAGGCCCGCAAGAUUGCCCAGAACUACUUCCUGACGUACCGCGAGCCGAUUCCGACGUCGCAGCUGGUGCAGAAGAUCGCCACCGUGAUGCAGGAGUACACCCAGUCGGGUGGCGUUCGUCCAUUCGGAGUUUCGCUGCUGAUUUGCGGCUGGGACGAAGAUCGUCCGUAUCUGUUCCAGUGCGAUCCGUCCGGGGCGUACUUUGCCUGGAAGGCCACCGCCAUGGGCAAGAACGCCAUCAACGGAAAGACCUUCCUGGAGAAGCGCUACAGCGAGGACCUGGAGCUGGACGAUGCCGUCCACACGGCGAUCCUGACGCUCAAGGAGGGCUUCGAGGGCCAGAUGAACGCGGACAACAUCGAGGUGGGAAUCUGUGAUGCGAACGGGUUCCGCCGGCUGGACCCGUCCGACGUCAAGGACUAUCUGGCCAACAUCCCGUAAAUGUGGCAAGGUUUAGGCUUAACAUACAACGCAUUCAUUAUUUUUUUGCUCUGAAUGAUUAAAAUAGGUGAUCUUUUGCACUUGGUAUUCAAUAAACUCUUGGAAGAUUAAUACAUAAA